UUUUAUGUUGACCUUGUAAAAUUCCACACAAAAAACAAAAUAUCCACCAUUGAUGAUUUCUCAUUCAACCCUCAAACUCAACAAAACCUCUGUGUCUUCUUCCUAACUUCAAUCACUGCACAAUUUUUCAUCAAUGGCUUCUUCUUUUUCUUCAUCUCCAAUCUUCAUAUCAACCGAAACCUUACGCACAAUCCUCACCCAUCAAACUCUAAUGAACCACAUCCAAACCAAUCUCCCCAAAGUUUCAACCUUUCUCCAAACCCCAAUUCGCCAACACUACAAUCUCUCUCAUCACUCUUCUCUCCUCCUCAUGCCUUCUUGGUCUUCUUCCUCUUCUUUCCCUUACAUUGGUGUCAAACUCGUAACCCAUUUCCCUCAAAACUCUUCUCUCAAUUUACCAGGUGUUCAAGGUAGCUAUGUCCUCUUCAAUUCAACAAAUGGUCAAACACUUGCUUCUAUGGAUUCAACUGAACUCACCCUUUACAGAACCUCUUGUGUUUCUGGUUUGGGUUCUAAGUAUUUAUCAAGAGAUGAUAGUGAGGUUCUUGUUAUGGUUGGUGCUGGUUCCCUUGCACCUCAUUUGAUUAGAGCUCAUUUUUCAGCAAGACCCAGUUUGAGAAAAGUGUUGAUUUGGAAUAGAACAGUAGAAAAGGCAAAAACUUUGGCUCAGAAUUUGAGGGAAAGUGAUGAAUUUUCAGGUUUAGGGUUGAGUUUUGAGGGUGUUGAGUGUUUGGAUGAGGUUGUUGGAUUUGGGGAUAUUGUGAGUUGUGCUACUAAUUCUGAAAUGCCACUUGUUAAGGGUGAGAGGUUGAAGGUUGGAGCUCAUCUGGAUUUGGUGGGUUCUUUCAAGCAUUCAAUGAAAGAAUGUGAUGAUGAGGCUUUAAGAAGGGGAAAAGUGUUUGUUGAUAAUGAAGCUGCAAUGGUGGAAGCAGGGGAGUUGGUGGGUGCUUUUGAGAGGAGAGUGAUCAAGAAAAAUGAAAUUGGGGGAAGUUUGUUGGAGCUUGUUAGUGGUGACAAAGUUGGGAGAACAAGUUUAGAGGAAAUUACUGUUUUCAAGUCUGUUGGUUCUGCUGUUGUUGAUAUGCUUGCAGCACAGUUUGUUUAUGAGACAUACACAAAGAGAUAGGUAAAUUAUAUUGAAUGUAGUUUAUGCUUAAUAGUUUAAUAGUUCAAUAAGGUUUUUUAUGUUGUGUUUGAUAAGAUGAAGCAGUUACUUGUACAAGGGGAUAUAAUUUCUGUGCAACUUCUAAUAUGGACUAAAAUAAAAGAUAUAACUUCUAAAUUUUCAUAUGGUUUACUAUUA